ACGGCUUGAGCUUGUGAGCAAGGCGCUUGUGUGCCUCUAGCUGACCCGAGGCUGCCUGCUGUAUCAAGCUGAGGACGUCGUGAUAUGCCAUCAAGCAUCAAGUAUCAAGCUCUGGUUUGAACCGGAACCGUUGGUCCCAGGAAAUCCCAAUGCCUCAUUUCGCAGCUCAGGGGCUCGUACUAAUCGCUCGACCUCACGUCGGUUCAGCAGGAUACUUUAUCGCAUUUCAUGAUGGACAGGGCAACCUCGCUCAUUUUCGCGGAUUCCAAAGGCAAGAUAGUAGACGACAUGGUGCGAACGGCUCCUUGGUAUCUCGAGGGCGAGGACGAAGCACGAGAAGCUGUUGCCGCCAUCUGGGACCGCGGCCACUACCACAGCACGAUGGCACAGCAGCCCUUGCCACGCUUAAAAGCUCAUGUAGCUCAUCUGCUAGUCUCACUAUGCAGUAUUAAGUAUGAUCCCUGAGGAUG